AUGUCACUCUCGAUUCGCCUAUUUAGACUGGCACAGCUCAAUUCCGAGAUUAAAUACGUUAUGCACAGUAUUCGUCGGGAUAUUCCCUCUUACGCAUAUCCGCCAGUCAAGGAUAUCCUCACGUGGCAACGAGACAUGAUGAGAACUCUUGACGGCUGGUAUUACGAUGCGCUGCAGCAUACAGAAGAUGGCGACAGUGGGAUGAAAGAAUAUUGUAUCGCAAAGUAUCAUGAGCUCAUGAUACUACUAUUACGGCCUAGUCCAGCAAUUCCAGAUCCAGCAGAUGAAAUAUUUGAUAUAUGCUCCGAUCAUGCAUUUGCACUGCUUCAGUGUUUUGGUGACUUGUACGAGAAGGGGAAUCUGCUGUACAGCCGGUUCAUAGUACAUUCGGUCUUUUUAGGCACUCUGGUCAUGCUGCACUGCAUCUGGAAAUUUCCAAGGACAGCUUCGAAAUUCUCAAUCGAUCAGCUCAUUAUCAAAUUCAACAUUGCACAAAAUAUAUUAAGCAGCAUUGGAGAACACUGGGCUGAAGCUCUCAGUGCACGGGAUUGCAUUGCUCGAUUGUCGAAUGUUACCAUCCAGCGUUUAUUGAAAAACCAACCGGCGGGCCUUUCAGUGACAUGA